CUGGGGGAGGCGGGCCUUGGGACGCCUGCGCUGCUGCCCCGGGUGGUGCUGCGCUGGAGCUGGCGGCGGCCGCGGUGGCGGCGGCGCAAUCACGGCGGGCAUGGUGGGCCGGGAGAAGGAGCUGUCUAUCCAUUUCGUCCCCGGCAGCUGCCAGCUGGUGGAGGAGGAAGUAAACAUCCCUAACAGGAGGGUUCUGGUUACGGGUGCCACUGGGCUUCUUGGCAGAGCGGUGUAUAAAGAAUUUCAGCAAAAUAAUUGGCAUGCCAUUGGCUGUGGCUUUCGAAGAGCAAGACCAAAGUUUGAACAGGUCAAUCUACUGGAUUUGGAAGCAGUUCAUCACCUCAUUCAUGAUUUUCAGCCUCAUGUCAUAGUACAUUGUGCAGCAGAGAGAAGACCAGAUGUUGUAGAGAGUCAGCCAGAUGCCGCUUCUCAGCUCAACGUCAAUGCCUCUGGGAAUUUAGCAAAGGAAGCAGCUGCAGUUGGAGCAUUUCUCAUUUACAUUAGCUCGGAUUAUGUAUUUGAUGGAACAAGUCCACCUUACACAGAAGAAGACAUGCCAAGUCCCCUCAAUUUGUAUGGGAAAACAAAAUUAGAAGGAGAAAAGGCAGUUCUGGAGAAUAAUUUAGGAGCUGCUGUUUUGAGAAUUCCUCUUCUGUAUGGGGAAGUUGAGAAGCUGGAGGAAAGUGCUGUGACCGUCAUGUUCGACAAGGUACAGUUCAGCAACAAGUCGGCCAACAUGGACCACUGGCAGCAGAGGUUUCCCACACACGUCAAAGACGUUGCCAGUGUGUGCCGACAGCUGGCAGAGAAGAGGAUGCUGGAUCCAUCCAUUAAGGGAACCUUUCACUGGUCUGGCAAUGAACAGAUGACCAAGUACGAAAUGGCGUGUGCGAUUGCAGAUGCCUUCAACCUUCCCAGCAGUCACUUAAGACCUAUUACUGACAGCCCAGUCAUAGGAGCACAACGCCCCAAAAAUGCUCAGCUUGACUGUUCCAAAUUGGAGACCUUGGGCAUUGGCCAGCGGACACCGUUUCGAAUUGGAAUCAAGGAAUCACUCUGGCCUUUCCUCAUUGACAAGAGAUGGAGGCAAACCGUCUUUCAUUAGUUUGUGUUGUGUGUGUUUUUUAAUGAGAAGUAUAGUACAUGCACUUUUUCAAGAAUAAAGGAACUAGUUUUGUAUGAGUACUCCUUAAUUGUGACUCACGAUAUUUGAGGUGAACGAUGCUCUUGCACUAGGGGGAUUGUGUGAACAAAGGGUGGUGAUGCCUUGUUUGCAGUCAUCAUUUUUCUGUUGAUCAUUUUGUUCUGACUUGCCUUGCAGCUCAAGUAAUGUAUGAUGAUUCCUAAUGUCCAAAAGCCAGUAUGAAACAGAUCUGUUGUAGACUUAUUUUGGAGGCAAUGCAUUGUCUGAUCCUUUAUUGUCUGUGUUUUUUUUUGUUUGUUUGUUUCUUUCAGCUGUUGACGUGUAGGCCGAUUGUUUUAACAUGUGUGGAGUCAUAUGAAAAUCAUCAAUGUUCAUUAUUUGCUUUGCUUGAGCCCAGAUCAAAAUGCUUAAAGAAAGAAACUUUAUUUUUGCAACUUCAGUAUGAUUUUUAUGCUUGAUUCUUCAGCGUGUUUUAUAUAUAUAUAUAUAUAUAUAUAUCAGAACUGUACUGCCUGGCGCUUCCUUCCUAGCACUGUGUGGCAAACACUUUGAGAGAGUGUGUGUAUGUGUAUUUUUUUAAUAUAAAUACAUAACUGUCUCUUUCACUCCAUGUCACAAAGUGAUAUUUCAUACAUGUGGUUACAGUAAUGAGCCUUGUAAGUCUUUGUUGACCACCCUGAAUAAUAAAUACAUAUUGCUGGCAUGUAA